AUGACCAGACAAGAGAGAGAGAGAGAGAGAGAGAGAGAGAGAGAGAGAGAGAGAGAGAGAGAGAGAGAGAGAGAGAGAGAGAGAGGACGAGAGAGCGAGAACGAGAGAGUGGACGAACGAGAGAGAACGAACGAGAGAUUUGACAAAAGAGAACGAGAGAACGACAGAGACGGAACGAGAGAGAGAGAGAGAGAGAGAGAGAGAGAGAGAGAGAGAGAGAGAGAGAGAGAGAGAGAGAGAGAGAGAGAGAGAGAGAACGAGAGAGAGAACGAGAGAGAGAACGAGAGAGAGAACGAGAGAGAGGGAACAAGAGAGAGGGAGAACGAAGAGAGAGAGAGAGAGAGAGAGAGAGAGAGAGAGAGAGAGAGAGAGAGAGAGAGAGAGAGAGAGAGAGAGAGAGAGAGAGAGAGAGAGAGAGAGAGAGAAAGAAAGAGAGAGAGAGAGAACGAGAGAGAGAGAGAGAGAGAGAGAGAGAGAGAGAGAGAGAGAGAGAGAGAGAGAGAGAGAGAGAGAGAGAGAGAGAGAGAGAGAGAGAGAAAGAAAGAGAGAGAGAGAGAACGAGAGAGAGAGAGAGAGAGAGAGAGAGAGAGAGAGAGAGAGAGAGAGAGAGAGAGAGAGAGAGAGAGAGAGAGAGAGAGAGAGAGAGAGAGAGAACGAGAGAGAAAGAAAACGAGAGAGAACGAGAAAGAGAACGAGAGAGAGAACGAGAGAGAGAAAACGAUAGAGAGAGAACGGGAGAGAGAGAACGGGAGAGAGAGAACGGGAGAGAGAGAACGGGAGAGAGAGAACGAGCGAGAGAGAACGGGAGAGAGAAUGGGAGAGAGAGAACGAGCGAGAGAGAACGGGAGAGAGAGAACGGGAGAGAGAGAACGGGAGAGAGAGAACGGGAGAGAGAGAACGAGCGAGAGAGAACGAAAUGGACUGAACAUGCAACCUAUUACAAUCUUUAUGUACAACCUAAGACGAGUCCCUCUCCUCUCCUCUCCUCCCUUGCCUCUUUGCCCCCUCCCUCCUUUCCAUCUCUCGCCUCUCCCUCUCGCCUUCACUCCCUCUUCCCCCCGUUCCUCCUCCCUCCCCAUUUUCCACCCGUUCCUCCUCUCUCCCCUCUCCAGCAGGCCGCGGAGUUGGAUGCUCCCCCUUCCCUACGCGCUACUCUCCCUUCCCUACCCGCUACUCCCCCUUCCCUACGCGCUGCUCCCCCUUCCUUACGCGCUGCUCCGCCUUCCCUACGCGCUGCUCCCCCUUCCCUACGCACUACUCCCCCUUCCCAUUCAGCCCCUCUCCUUCCUCUCCGUGCUUCUCUCCUUCCUUCCCUCUGACCAUUCUCCGAAGAGUAGGGAGGAGGACUGA